UUGAAACAACGUAAUGGCAAAGAUUUAUCUUAAAGUAUUCACGGCUGACAGUUUGUGUCAAGUGCCUAUUGAAACUCUCAUAACAUUAUUCACAAUUAAAUAUUGUAACUCGGAUGUGCAGAUUAUGCUAGUAAAAAAUAUCCCCGUCUGCACGGAAAAUUCAUUUUUGGUAGAUUUGUCAACAUUUGAGUAUGAAUUGAUAGAACGUGCUGAAAUGUCAAAGAUUGCAAGUUGUUGCGAGUUGCCCAAUUUGGAAGAGAAUGGUACAAGCUGUAUAGCUGGACUAUGCGCAACGCUGAGACAAGUGAUUAAAAAUGUUCUUAUCAAGCAUCCAGAACAUUAUUCUAUAAAAUUAUUGGGCUUUAAAGAAGCUUGUCUGUUGGCUUGUUCAGAGGUAAGUGUUUGGACUCGAUUUUGCGAAAUAGACAUUGUCUCAAUGUUAAAAUCGAUUGACAAACAAAAUCAAGAUAGCAUUUUGCCUGUGUCAUUAGCCAAGUUUGAAAACCACAUGUCGCAGCCUGUAAGACUGCACAAUUUGUAUAAAUACACCAUGUCGAAAAAGUAUACUACUCCCGAUUUUGACAAAAACAAAAGUAUUAUGCCAGAACACGUUUUUUCAGAAGGUUUGAGUAUAACGCUAGCAGAUGUUAUGAUUUUUGUAUGCAUUCGCAUGUUUUUCACGUUUGUGGACAAAAACCAGAUUUUUGACGUUGCUCCACUUACUAUGAAGUGGUAUGAUAACAUGUUGACUAAUGAACAUAUUCUCAGAUGUAUGGAAAUAUUGUGCAUCCAAGACUUGUACAGUACAAAUUUAAUACUCGCUUACAGCUUGCCAGUAAUUGAAAACCAUAGCUUAUACAAAAGCGACCAAAAAAAGUACCCAUCUGGAAACCGAAUUCACACGCGCCAAUCAGACAUAGAUUACUCUUUAAACAGAGUCAAGUGUUUUCAAUUACAAAUCCAUCUGGAUGAGUUAUUUGGUAUAGAAAAGACGGUAGACUGGCCCAAUAUUCCUUAUGAAGCAACUCCAGAAGGAGGGAACCUUCCAAGUAGUCGUUUGCAUAGGAAGCUCCAACAGUUGGAAAGUUUAUGUAAGCCUGUGUUAAAGCUUGCCAAAGAAGGCGACGUUAUAGUCGAUUUUUGUUCGGGGUGUGGACAUUUAGGCAUUCUUUUGGCUUAUUUGUUACCUAAAUGCAGUGUUAUCCUCUUGGAAAACAAAUCAGAAUCCAUGAAGAAAGCCAAAGAGCGCGUAGCCAAAUUAUCCUUGACAAACGUAACGUUUUAUCAAAGUAAUCUUGAUUACUACAUAGGACACUUUGAUAUUGGUGUGUGUCUUCAUGCUUGUGGAGUGGCUACCGAUUUAGUCCUUCAGCAGUGCAUCGGCCAGAACGCUGCAUUUGUCUGCUGCCCCUGCUGUUAUGGAUCCGUUCAAGACUGCUACAAGAUUAUUUAUCCACGUAGCCAGGUAAUGAAAGGUAUUUUAGAUAAAAGGAAUUAUUUGACGUUGGGACAUGCUGCAGAUCAGACUCACGAUGCUGAAAACGCAAAGACGAAACAAGGAUACGAAUGCAUGAUGGUUAUUGAUACGGAUAGAAAGUUGCAGGCUGAGGAACAUGGGUAUAACGUCCACUUGAGCAAACUUUUACCAGAGACUUGUUCGCCUAAAAAUCAUUUACUUGUUGGUUGGCCAAAGCAAGAGAAUGUCGGUAAUGUAUAGAUUU